AUGCCACCUCGUUUUCAGUCUGUACAAACUUCUAAUCAAAGGCCGUUGCAUAAUGAAAUUCUCGUGCUAAAUAGAUUACUCGGAACUGACAUACUUGAACAAGCAACACGUAUACUUGACCACUUCGCGAUAACAAAGCAAAAUCAUUUAGAAGCUGACUCCUAUCACAUACCAGCUCAUCUCAAUAACAAAUUUUUACAAAAAUGUGAAGAUUUUGAAACUGUAUGCGAUCAGAUCUACUAUACGUUAGAACAGUCGAAACGUGUGUUACAAUUACAAUACCGACAACAACUGAUUGAACAAAAGGCUGAAGCAAUAGAAAAAGAAAAAGCACGAAAGCAACAAGAAGAAGAAGAGCAAUUACGUUUGCAACAGCAACAAAAUGAGGAAGACGGUGAAGGAAACGAUCCAAUGGACGCAGAGAUGGACUUUACCACAACAAAGCCUCCCAACGAUCACGCUGGCUCCUCAGUUAUGAACGGAGUAGCAGAAGAAGCAGAAGGGAACCAACGUGCGGAUGGUGAAAAAGUUCCUCAAACGGAGGAAAUGGCCAUUGACGAAGAAGACAUGGAGCAACUGUUACAGAUUCAAAAGGCUCGUUUAGAAAGAUUGAAAAAUGUAAUGGUGUUAGGCAUGGAUGCCGAAACCGUGAAAGCCAAUAGUGAUGAGAGUAAAGAGGAUUUAUUAUUUUAG